AUGUUUUCAUCUUUUAGGUUGGAAGGUAAGGUGGCUAUUAUCACUGGUGCAGCCAGUGGCAUAGGUGAGGCCAGUGCACGUUUGUUCGCUAAUAACGGGGCACGUGUCGUAAUCGCAGACGUCCAAGAUGAACUGGGCCAACAGGUAGUGGCUUCCAUCGGACCAGAUCGAUCAUGUUAUGUACAUUGCGAUGUACGGGACGAGAAGCAGGUCGAACAGACAGUAGCAAACACAUUAGAGAAUUAUGGCCGUUUAGAUAUCUUGUUUAGCAAUGCAGGCAUCAUGGGUCCCAUCUGCGGUAUUCUGGAGAUGGAUAUAGGGGAGAUGGACAACACCAUGGCUACCAACGUUCGUGGAGCGGCCGCAGCUAUCAAGCAUGCAGCUAAAGCGAUGGUGGCGAGGCAGACACGUGGAUCGAUCAUAUGCACGGCUAGCGUGGCUGCAUGCUUGGGAGGAACUGGCCCACAUGCAUACACCACAUCGAAGCAUGCUUUGGUGGGCCUUGUCCGAUCAACGGCAUCUGAGCUUGGGAUGUAUGGAAUCAGGGUUAAUUGCAUCUCACCUUUCGGUGUGGCUACGCCGUUGGCUUGCAAGAUCGACAACUUGGAUCCUACCCAGCUGGAAGCUAACUGUUGUGCGAUUUCUAACUUAAAGGGGAUUGUGUUGAAGCCUCACCACAUCGCUGAUGCGGCUCUUUUCCUUGCUUCUGAUGAGUCGGCUUUCAUCAGUGGACACAACCUCGUCAUUGAUGGAGGGUUCACAGUCGUAAAUCAUGGUGGCCCACCAAACCAACGUUCGGAUUAAGCGUGGAAUAGUUGGAUUGGAGGU